CCUGUGCAGAGCUGGCCGCGCUGGUUGGAUGUUCGAACGCACUGAAUCAACCACGAAGAAAAGUAUGGACAAAUCAGGAGCGACCAGAAGCCGUGGCCCAGGCGUGACUGCAACAUUCGUCGCCCUACUGCUCAUCCUGUGCCUCGCAGAAAGCGCGACAGAACAAAGAAUUAACAGUCGGGGUAGCAAGUCUAGCCUAGUUGAGAAAAUCAACGGCUGGCGAAGCCAACGCGGAGGGUCGUGCCUGAGUUACGGACACUCGUGUUGGGGUGCCCAUGGUAAAAGAUCCGGGCGGCCACCCAUCACUGCAACGGACUGGUACCUCAACAGGAUGUUACGACGUAUCGCUUCCAGCUCUGAACUGGAUAACGCAAGCCAGCUGCGAACAAAGAACGACGACCUCAGCGCCAUCUAUCAGGUGGAGACACCAGACAAUUCACUGGCGGCCAACGGAAAACUCAUAUCUGAAAAUGAAGACAUCCCCAUGGAAAUGCCGUCUAGGACAAUGGAAGCUAAACCGAUGUUGGAUGAUGAGUUACUUUCAAAAGUAAAGCUUUGGCAAAUCAUGAGAGAAGCCUCCGUUGACAACUAA